CGUCAACCGACCAGCUGUGCCUGCCAUUAUAGACGCGUUUUUUCUCUUUCAAAACACGGGAUACAACGACCGGUGCAUUGAAAUAAAUAUCUUGUCCAACAAUUUUUCGCGAUUCGUUUUUGUGCAACAGAGACCAAGUGACCGGUAUCGCAUCACCUCCGAACUCCGCUUGCCGUCCCCGAUCAGAGCGCAACUUGAAUCAAGGAGCUGGCCGGUGCUGGUGUUUGGGAGCUGCACAAGUUGCUACAGCUAUCAUUACUGCAUGGUCUAGGGUUCCUUAUUCAUGAUGUUUGCUUUAUUCCACUCGAGAUAACUGCCAAACCCUCACCCUGCAGUUAUACGAAUUCACAAACCAUCGCGAACUGGCCUCGGUUCUGGACUUAUUCUUGGUAUAUAACAGACGGAAAAUCCUGGAUAUAGGAAAGAAGAACAUUCUUGGAUUGACGACAAUAUGGUUGUCGACUCAAACCCUUACGAGACAGAUGCGACACGGAUACCUAAAGACGAUCCUUAUAUCUCCCGAAGUCCGCAAUACGGCCGCUAUGCACCUCGCGAUGACGAUUUUAAACCCCGCUACGAUGGCUGGUACCAGUCGGAACGCGAAGUGAAUGCUUACUGGGAGGAGGUUAUCAGAAAGGCCUGUGUUCAAGAAAACUCCUUAAACGACCCUAGGAUUCAAGAUACUUUUGCUAUCGGUAGCGUGGUUAUUCGAGUCGACAAAGAAGACGUAGACGAAUCAUCCGUGGAGAGGUAUUCCUAUGUCAACAGCAACGAAAUUUUGUCGACAAGGAAAGCGGAGAAUGCGCUGAAGGAGAUCGGGGUUACUGUGCCAAUGAUAUACUUCUGUGGGGUUGUUGAUGGGAGGAAUGUCACGGUCGAGUCGCGCGUGCCAGGAGUCUCUUUGGAAGUUGCAUGGAGAUAUCUUACGUACGAGCAGAUCGAUAAGCUUAAACAGCAGUGCCGCCGUAUCAUACAACGACUGGCCGCCGUCGACUGCGCUUCAGAUGGACCGUCUUAUGUCUGUGGCGGAUUAAAUUCACAUCUCCCGCCUGACAUCUCCGAACAAGAGAAGAAAAUAUUGUUCAAGGAAAAAACAGAGCAGGACACUUUAUAUUUGACCCACAAUGACCUAGUCAGAUCCAAUAUCAUCGUCAAGGACAAUCAGGUUGUGGGAGUCCUUAACUGGCGACAAUGCGGUUUGUUUGGUCUCGACCGUGCCGCCAAAGUGCAUAAAGUUUUCAGGGUUCCGGAGAUCUCAUACCUUAGUGGAAAUGGGGAUGACGCCGGUGGGGCAAUGGCAUGGGCCGAUCUUUAUGAUGAUGUCUCAGAAACAUCAAUAAAGAACGAGGCAACAGCGCCGCAAGAUGUGACAGAGCCGCAAGUUAAAACAGAGCCCGAUGCAAUGAACUUGGAGAAAUUACCUACUAGCGAAGACGCGGAUGCUAAGCCUACUUUGGGUCAACUCGAUGGCGCAGAUCUAUCGAACGAACAUCCCACACCAAAGAAAAUCGCUAAUCUCAAGCACGGCCUGGCCUCCAGAGCAUCAUCAUCAGAUCGAUCGUCCCCUGCAAACUCUACAAAAGGCUCAGCAACGGGAAGAAAAUCCACAGGCGGUGGCAAAAAAGGGACGGCGAAAAAAUCAACAACCAAAAAGCGCAAGGUCAAUGACCAAGAUGCUGAAAGUGUCGACUCGCGACGUUCCAACACACCUUCAUCGACCCGUGCCAGCAAGACACCCGUUGCAAAGAAGCAAGGCUCGGCGUCUGCAGCAGGGUCGCCAGCACCGGCACCGGCACCCCAAUAUAAACCUAAGAAGUCUAAAAAGACCGCUAAUAAUGACGAUGAUGACGACGAAGAUGGGGUUUUUUGUAUCUGUCGCAGAGGGGAUAAUCAUACUUGGAUGAUUGGUUGUGAUGGGGAAUGUGAUGACUGGUUUCAUGGGAAAUGUGUCAACAUUGAUCGGAGAGAUGCGGACUUGAUUGACAAGUAUAUCUGCCCGAAUUGUCAUGAGAAAGGCAAAGGGCGUACCUCUUGGAAGCCAAUGUGUCGCUUGCCAGAGUGUCGGAAGCCAGCACGUGUCAACCAGAAAGGACCAAGUAAAUACUGCUCAGAUGAUCAUGGCCUGGAAUUCAUGCGUCUGAAAACACAGCAUUUCCUGGGCCCAGGAGCUGCAAGUGCAAAUGGAUAUCAGGACCCCAAAGCCCGAGAUGACAUUGGCAGCAGAGGUGGCGUUCUCACUGCUAGUGAACUCAAAGCGGCUAUAACGGACGCUUCAUCUGUAAUAGAAUUCCGCAGACUAGGCGAACGCAUCGUCACACCGCCACCAGAAGAUGACGACAGGAAGAACGCUGAGACAGAAGAUCAACCAAAGAAGGAAAAGAAACUUGGCCUAGAUGUCGAUGCCAAGGGCCUCACAUAUACCCCAGACGAAGCAGCCAAGCUCGAGAAACUCCGCAAACGCCGCAACGAGAUCCUCCACCGUCAGGAACUGCUGACAUCACGCGAUGCUUUUAUAAACCUCGUCCGCCAACGAUCCAAGACUAUCGUAGAACGGUUAAAACAGACAGAUCCAAAGGGUGGGUGGAAGGAUAUCUGCGGGUAUGACUCGCGGGUAGCAUGGGCGGACGAGGAAUUUGACGAAUGGAGGCAGACGCCUGUUGGCGAGAAGGCGAUGAAGGAUGGUACGCUCGAUCCUCCUACGGAUGCUGAUGGCGAUACAGCCAUGGACGAGGGUGACGGCAAGGAAUGUGGCGACAAGGAGGACGAUAAUGGUAUCGAAACCUUAGCCCGCGGUGUCUGUACGAAGAAACGGUGCGAACGGCAUAAGCAAUGGGUCAAAGUACACCAAGAAGACAUCAUAUUUGAGCAAAACACGGCUCAAGAAGAUAUUCGGAAAUGCGAAAACGAGGCCCAGGUCGUGGUGGAAAGGGCUGUUUUAAGGAUGUGGGCGGAAAUAGAGAAUGCCCAUGUUGGCGGGAUUUAGCAUCUUAUAUUCAUCUAAUUCUUGUUGAUGGUUGCAGAAAACCUGGCUUGAUUGAUACCCCUUUUCUGGACAUGGAAAUGAUAAAGGUGGACCGCAUAUUUGGAGUUGGUAUUCAUUACAUCAUAAUCUCAUUGAUAGACGGAUAUGCCGCAUCUAGGCAAUAGGAAUGAGGCUCGUACCUAUAAAUUUAUUCUAUAUAAGCCCUCA